UUAGCUGUACACGUAAGUUGCCAUAAUCUCCAGGUGGCAGCAGCUCAUGCUUUGCAUGCUUCCGCUCAUUUGGCAAGAUCAUAACCCCGCUUCAGCACUUCCCAUCCAAUCUCGAACUGGGAGGCUUGAUCUGCUGCAAAGGGCCAAAAAGUGAGAAAGAUGGUUUUACCAGAAGAAGAGAUCACAAGGCUUUACAGAGUUCGAAGAACCGUGAUGCAAAUGCUGAGAGAUCGGAAAUACUUAGUUGGAGAUUUUGAGAUCAACAUGACAAGAGAACAGUUCAAGGCCAAAUAUGGAGAGAACAUGAAAAGGGAAGACCUUACUAUCAAUAAGACAAAGAGAAAUGACAGCACUGAUCAGCUUUACGUAUUCUUUCCUGAAGAGCCAAAGGUUGGGGUCAAGACCAUAAAAACUUACACCAACCGCAUGAAAUCGGCCAAUGUAGCCAGAGCAAUCUUGGUUACUCAACAAAAUAUGACUCCCAUGGCAAGGACCUGUAUAAGCGAAAUAUCUUCAAAAUUCCACAUGGAGGUUUUUCAGGAGCCAGAGUUGAUGGUGAAUGUUACAGAACAUGUUCUAGUUCCUGAGCAUCAGCUGCUUACAAAUGAGGAAAAGAAGACCUUACUGGAGAGGUAUACUGUGAAAGAGACACAGCUUCCUCGUAUUCAGUUGACCGAUCCAGUUGCAAAAUAUUACGGGCUUAAGCGUGGACAAGUUAUGAAGAUAAUCCGGCCAAGUGAGACUGCAGGACGAUACAUCACCUACCGUUAUGUUGUGUAA